GGAAAUUUGACAUUUUUAUAACUGUGAGUGUAAUCUGGCAAAACCGAUACUUAACAACAGAACUUAAAAAUCUGAUUGCAGGGAACAUGAGAGACGAGACUUAACAAAAGCUUCAAACUAAAUGGAUGACUGUUAAUGUGGCACUUAAUGAGGCGCUUUUGUUAUAGCAUGUCGCGGUGUAAGGUUGACUUCAAAACCGCACAGUUUGGUUGAGCAUUCAGUAACGGUAACAUUACUGUGAGUUAGGGGUGACAUUUGGUUUAGGAUUACUGAUUUAUUUGCUGGUUUGGCCACUACCAUUAAUUUGGAAGUUUCAAUUACUGAGAACCUAGCUGGGACGAUAUUUUAUACGCAUCUCUUCGUAGGAUCUACUCCAACGACCAUUACAACCAACUGAUCGAGUUGCGCACCACAAUUCAGAUAUCAAGUGGUAUGAGUAUUGGUGCUAGUUUUCUAUCAACUUUAGUUAUAUUAAUAUUUGUUUCGAUUCCGAGUCAUGAGAUAGAAUUUGUUGAUGAACCAAAUGAUACGUACGGGCUAGAGAAUCAGCAAAUUACUCUUGUUUGUUCAGCUGUAGGGUCUCCAAAUAUCACGAUUACAUGGCAUAAGCUAGACAAUAUUUCUGUUGCAAGCGGUUCCACUAGAGUGACUGAAGAUGGCGUAUAUUCUUCAUAUGGGUUUACUCUUGUUAGUGAAAAUGAGGGUGAUUAUUACUGCAAUGCAUCGGAUUCCCUUCACUGGAUUCAGUCCAAGAAAGCAAGUGUCCGAAUUUCAUUUCUUAGCCAGAAGUUUAAAUUAGAGCCUCAAAACAAGGUGGCGAAUAUUGGGGAUACAGUUUUAUUGGAAUGUGUUCCUCCUUUGGGGCUACCCAGUCCUACUAUUGAGUGGCUAAAGGAAAACUCUUCUCUGUUACCCAACAAUCGACUACAGAUUAUGGAUGUUGGGAGUUUAAGGAUCGACAGAAUAACGUGGCAAGACUCUGGUCACUAUACUUGCGUAGCCAAAUCUUUUGCUUACCGCAGGGAAAGUUCCAAGGCUUAUCUUACUGUUCGGCAGCGCCCGUACUUUAUUGUCUCACCUAAAAGUCAAUCAGUGCCAGUGCAUAGUGUAUUUGAACUGAGUUGUCGUGCUGCUGGGGAGCCAUCCCCUGUCGUUGUUUGGCGUAGAGAACCUUCGGUCCCUAGUAUUCCGUACUCACGUGUUCGGCUGCUUCUAGGUGGAACACUUCGUUUUGUAAGUGUUCAGUCUGAUGACUCUGGAUAUUAUAUUUGUCGGGCAGUUAGUUCGACAGGGAUUGUUGAAGCAGUCGCUUACAUAAAUGUUGUUACACCUCCAGGUUUGGUUGUCACACCUCCAAGUAAAAUAUACGCAUAUGAAGGCAACCGGGUUGAGUUGUUUUGUAGUGUGACUGGCUCCCCAUCCCCAGAUGUUCGUUGGUUGCAGUGGUCAACUAAAACGUAUUUCAUCCCAACUGUAUCUGUAUCUGAGCGCAUUUACGUCACGAGUUCUGGGAAUCUUAUUAUACUUACUGCCAGGCCGGAAGAUACUUCUACGUAUGAAUGUCGCGCUUCGUCUCCUACUGGUUUUAGUAGGAGCCUGACAGAUAUUCAAGUUCUGUUUAAUUCCAAAUUAAUUCCAGGUCGUGUGGGUGCUGUCUCAACUCCUCAUAUCUUCGGCAAAAUUUUCCACAGUCCAACAGCAGUACGAAUACUAUGUGGAAUUCCGUUGGAUCCUGUAUUCAAUCAUUCACACGGAACUCAAUCUAUUUCUAAAGAACCCGACGUUAGCGCAAAAUCACACAUAAUAUGGCUUAACAAUGGCGAAUUCAUUCAUAAACCAAGUUCACCAAACUCUCGGAUUUCAAUCGAGGCAGAUGGUUCUUUACUAAUUUAUCCAUUUCGGCCACAUGAUGCAGGAAACUACACUUGUUCCGUAUACCGAAAAGUAAGCCAUCGGUUCGCGCAGUACUCUUUUACCAUAAACUUGAAAGGGCAUAACGAUUCAAUAUAUCAACCUCGUACCUAUUCCCAGUUACCUUCACCUCCGGAAAAUGUAAGAAUUGUUAGUGUUGGUGAUACAUGGAUAGUUUUAAAUUGGUCUGACAACAGUUCUUCUGAGUCAACAAGCUACAAAGUUUACAUUUUACCGCAGAUUUAUUCUCAGACAGCAGUUCACUCAGAUCAACAUUUUCAGGACUUAAAGCAGACCAAGACUGCCAGUGAUCAUAUGAAGUCAGAUGAAACACAGAUGCCUAGUAGUAAACCCUUUAAACUGGAUACCUGGUCCACUGCAAUUGAAAAAACUUACCAUACACAAGUCCGUAUAACAGGCCUAGUACCUGAUACUGGAUACUGGGUUGAAGUUAGAAAAGUUAAUAGUUUUGGAAUGAGCUCAGGAGCUCUAGUACCUUAUAUAGUUUAUACUGUAAAAAAGCCUUCUGAAGUUAUAUUUUCGCAUGUUACAAUUAGUAACAGGACAGUUUCUGAUUUGACGAUCAAGCAUCCUGAUUCGUUUCUUGCUGGUGGUCGAACAGCUGUUGAUUUUCAGGAGCUGGUUUCAACAUUCCAAUCCAUCGAUUUACAUCGUAUAUCAAUCCGACCCCUCACAUCUUCCGAACUUUUGGUUAGCUGGGCUGCACGGUCUUCUAAUGAAGUGCUCAGGCGUAUUGAUGGUUUCAAAAUAAAUGUGCGAUCAGUUCCAAUGUCACGUUGCAUAGCUGCCGUUACAUCUAAACCACCAAACUAUUUGUCUACCUUCCGAGAAAACAUUGGAGAUUCAGGAUCGUUGGAUAUUUAUGAUACUAAUCAUGGGGAUUUUUCAUUUACUAGUUCAGUUCACUGUUCUUUCACAUCCCCUAAGCUUCUCGAACAAACUGUUUUAAUGGCUAAUGCAAACUCAUUAUCAGUGAGUGAUAAAGAUGUAAUAUAUGUUGGAACCUCGGAUCACUCAUUUCAAAACAUAAUCAUCAUGAAGUCUGUAUCUCGAGAUCAUCCGGUUGCUAAGGCUGUUAUCGGUGAUCUGUCACCUUUCAGCUGCUAUGAGACGGAUAUUGAAGCCUUCAAAGAUGAUCCAACAUACGGUCGUAUUCUAAGCAGAUCUAGUCGAUCCGAGUUGGCUUUGACUCUUGAUGCACCACCCAGCUCCUCACCAGAAUUAAUAAGCGCUGAAUGGCUUCUUCAUGUUAGUCCUUUAAAUUCUGAACAAAUAACAGGAAGUCGGAUAAUCAACUCUUCCACAUAUCCAUCUGAAAGUAUUCGAUUAUCAUGGAAACCGCUUGAGUUAAGAAUGGCUCAUGGUGCACUGUUAGGAUAUGCAGUACAUAUCCUGGCGAACGAAAGUCAGUUCAGUCGUUCUCUUCAUGUAUCUGCAGAGAUCCAUUCAAAAAAUAUUCAUGGCCUAAAUCCCUUCGUUGAUUAUAUUAUUUAUAUAUCUGGAAUAAACUGUAAAGGAGAGGGAGUACGUAGUUCUGGAUAUCAUCUCCGAUCUAUUGCUGCUGGGUUGCAUAAUCCUAUUAAGUCUUCUGAUUAUGAAUUAAAUUAUUUAGGACAUUUUGAUUUCCCUGUGUGGGGUUAUAUCCUACUUUUUGGUUUUGUCGUCUUCUGGAUUUUAUUUGGCUUGUUUAUUCACUUUGUCAUCCGUCAGACUCCAAGAAAGCAGUUUUUAAAAUCUUCAGCCAAGUAUUUUGUUGCUAACGGUUCUAACAUAGAUGCACAGCAUCAGAAAACGUUUCGGAGAAAUAUUCUACAUGGAAUAAGUUUCGGAAUGUGCUGUACCUCUUUAACUUUCCACAAAAACAAGUCAGGAAAUCACUCCAUUGUCGAUAGAAACUUGGGAACCGUUUUAAUGAGUAGUGAGCAACAAGAGGUGGAAACGGGACGUCCACUCCAUCGUUUGAACUCAUCCCAAUCUAAGUUACAUAAUGAAAAACCUGUUUCUGAACACAAACUAAUGACUUUACGUUCUCCUUCUGGUAAAAAUGAAGCAACUUCUACAGGAUGUGUACAUGCAGUAUCACCUCUAUUUGAGUACUUAACUGGUAAUGAAGACGUUGAGGUGUAUGCUAACAGUGACCCUUCUGUGUGUUCUAAUAACCUUAGUUAUUUGCCUCCAGGUGUAUUAAAGAUGACUACAGCAUCCGGUAGCAACGCAACUAUCUUAAGCCAAAAUGGCGUAGUCGAAGAAAAUAUAUCAAAUCAAAGUAAUCCAAUUAGCAGACCGAAAUUACCAGAUUCAAUAAAUAUACCAUUCCCAGUACCUCCGACUUGUCACUCAAAUUUAUGUACACCGAAACUUGCAUACCAAAACAACUCUUUACAUUUACUGUCGCUACCAGAUCGUUAUGCGUCAAACCAAUUAGACAAAUCCGCUGAUCCACAGAAAUUCACUUCAGAGGAUACUGUGCCCGCGUAUGCAAGUUGUUCAGUAUUCAAUAUUCACAAAACUGAAGUAAUUGAUCAUUGCAAUCAACAUAGUGGAACACUAAGUGUUAUACCGAUGCAUAACAAUAGUAAUUUGUGCACGAAAUUAAAAUGUAGAUUUCUUUUGUUCACGUGUUGGUCAUGAAAUAUAGUAUUCUACAAAUAAAGGCAAUUGAAAAUCAAAGCUUUGUAACCUUUGGAUAUUUCCAAAAAAACCUAAAAUUAUCUAACGCACUAUUAAAAUGGGUAAUCACCUUUAGAAAGACCUUUCCUAUCUUUGUACCUGAUGAAACUUUUUAAUUAUGUAAGCUAUUUUCGACUUUUUCUGGUUCCUUUUGGAGGCUGCAAUUCAAUUAUCAUUAGUUAAAGGUUUUCAGAGUGAAGCCAAAACUCAUAUGGCACAUUUCUUUCUUAGUUUAUAGGUUUUCGGUGUACUACAUGGUAGACCAAUUUAAUAUUGGUCCCAAUAUUCCAUAUUGUUUGAAUUUUACUAGCUGUUUUUUUAAACCCCUUCCCCGGAAAAUGAAAUAACUAACUGGUUUAUUAAAACAAAAGUUUAGUGACAAAAAAAUAUUAGUGGGAUUAUGAAAAAAGUGUUCCAAAUGCCUUAAUGCAGUAGUUUUAGAUACAAUUUCCUGAUGCCUUAAUGAAUUCUAAAGUUUUGUUGUGUAGCACAUAUAUCUGGUACCCCCUUGUACCAAUAUUCAUGUUUAAAUGAAUAAAUAAGAGUUUUGAUUCAUUUCGCAUGAUGCUGUUAGUUUGCACAGAAAUACUCGAUACUUGAAGUUAGUUUCCAUGGGCGUUUAUGUAGUCAUCAGCUUUUAACUUCAUGAUUGACGGAAAAUGAUCAUAAGCAAAAUUUUCCGAAUUUUUAUCUCUUAAUUCUGACAGCUUGAUGUUGAAAAUAUUGAGAAAUUUGUUCUUCUGUAGUUCUGCACAAACUAGGGGUCCAAAUCGUGUUAAGGAUGACUCAAGAACUAAUGUGUUUACAAAAGCCAUUCAAAUAAUCUUUUUAUGUUCCGUUGUUUUACUAGAACUUUAUAAAACAACUUUUGGAAUGUAGACACCAGGUUAACUUGUUUUCUUGUUUUUGGAUCAUACUGUGACUCCAAGAGAGUCUGAGAAACAUCAGUUAAUUCAUUCCUGUGGCUUAAUUACUAGAGAUUCGAUGCUUUAGAAACAACUGGUUUUCAGUGUACCAGAAGCGCCUGUCAUAACUCAUUACUUUGAUCGAAAGCACUGGUUACGAGCGUUAGACGUUGAAUUCCAGGGUCAUUAUAUGUCUCGGAAGUGUACGAUGCAUGCACAUCUAGUUCGUGAGUCAUAUCUUAUUUCUUUGGUUGGUUAGUUUACAACGAUUUUUCUAAAUCCUAUCUCAUCGUUAUUUUAUUCUAACAGAGGAAAUGUACAAGUUGUACGUAAGUAGCUAACCUUUGAUGUUUUUCCUCUAUUGAUUUGUAACUCAUAGUAUGUGCUUAUGGCGUUCUUCUCUCUUUCUUGACUUAUUCCAUAUUCGUGUACGUAGUUUAACUUUUUAUAUUGCUGGUACUAUGCCUUGGGUGGGCUUAUUAUACAAUAACAAUAAUGAAUAAUUGAGCAAAUCUACUUAUUCCUGUAUGAUUCAUAUUCACUUAGUAAAACGCCCGGAAAUAGGUUUGUCUCACAUGCUCUUUUUGUUGCCCUUGUUUCAGUGCUAUUAUUUGAUUAGGCUGAUAAGUUAAUCACUGGUGUUGAUGAAAUACGAGAAAAACUAAACUUUAUAAAUAAUACUUAAAGUAAUUCUAGAUGCAUAUAAUUCUGUACAUAAUCUCGUUAUAAUAGACAGAAUAUUCGGUGCAGUAAUAAGGAAGAACCAUAAUUAUAAUGGGUAUGUCAUAAUUCGUUUUUUUGUCUUUGCUUUUAUUUCAUGGUGAAUAAAUUAUGAGGAUUUCCGGUUUAUAAUGCACCAUGAAAUGAAAACAGCUAUUACCAGGUGAAUAAAAGUCGUUCGGACAAUAUAUAAGUUUCACGUGUUGAGAAUUCAUAUUUAAUCAGUGGUAUGUAUGAAAAAAAUUCCUUUCAAUUUACAUAUAUGAUCAGACUACCCCGAACCCAAUCAGUUAAUCUCGCAUGCUUGAAUGUUGUGAUUAUUUCAAAAGUACUUCCAGAUCAUAUUGAAGUUUACCAUAUCUUAGUAAUAUGUUAUCACUUAUCACCAUUAUAUGUCCAUAUCUUUUGUAUUCAGAUGUGUUGUUAAUCAAUCUUUAGCCAUGUUUGACCAGUUAUUUCAUAGUAUAUUUUACGAACUUUUAAAGACAGUCUUUUGCCUUUUUCUCUUCAAUUUCUAUUAAAUCAUUUAGUUUGUAAUAAUUUUCCUUUUUACACUCUAUUAUUCCAAUGAAACAGAUUUUACUGGUCAUAUGAUGCCUUUUUGCUUCAACUGUUUCACUUCCAAUCAUUUGCGAAUAUUUUAGAACUGGUCUAUAAGCAUAAAAUCUUGAUUAAUUUAAGAACAUGUAAGAGACAAAAACGUCCAACGGUACACUACAUUACCUAGAAAUAUAAUUGAAUGUGUUAAGGUUGAACCUACAAUCAAUUCGGCUGACAGGUUUUUAUUACUAAUGGCAAUUCAGUAAAAAAAAUAUUGAUAAAUAAAGAAUUUCAAUAUGGUAAGUUAGGAAAUGAAUACUUUUGUAACGAGGCGAGAAAAAGGGAAUGCGAAAUUUAUUUAUUUAUUAUUUGGUUCAUUAUUCUUGUAUUUACAGUGGAAAUUUAUCAAUUAGUUUUAUAUAUGGUCUUAGUCAUAAACUGUCUUUUGAAUCAUGGAUCAUUGCUAUACCAUUAAUUUCAUUAGAACUUUCGUCUAAAUUUGGACUAGUAGUUUCUCAAUAAAUAGUGUCUAAUUGUUCGGAAGGUUAAAAAGAAAUAGAAUAAAAUCAAAUGAAAAAAGUUUCACUCACCAUUCUAGUUCGAGCUUCAUCAUCAAGUUUAUCAGUUGUAAGAUAACAAAGUAACUGUGUACUAAGCAAUUGUCCAAUCAUGUUAGUGUUGAAUAUAUGAAAAUAUGAGUCAUUUGUUAUGACAUAUGUUCAGACUGGAUGAAGUGGAGAGACAUUUGUGUGUAUUUAUUCAUUUGAUAACAGUUGGCCAUAUACAACCCUAAUUUAUUUCGGUGUUGUUAUGUUGAUCAGACUAGUUGCCAAUGCCCUAUCAAUUGACUCAUGGUUUCAACUAUAAAAUUACCAAAAUCUCCGCAAAACCCCCUUCUGAUAAUUGAAUAUAUAUCAUCAGAAAGAAUGUCACUAGUUUAAAAUAAAUGUUCAAGUCGAUUUUAUUUAUAUUUACUUGUUAAUCAUUAGUUUCCACGUUGUAUAUAAUUGCACCCUGAUUCCUCUACUUGGAUUGUUUGGAUUCGGCCAUCAUUUUAGGGUUUCAGCUGUCAGUUUUUUCCUUAUAAAAACCGAAACUUUUCCCAGCGAAUUUGAUUCUAUCGCAUUCAAUUUCGUGUCCUACUUCUGAUUAAUGUAAUUUUAUAGAGGAUCUAUUUUUAUGUUGGGAGCAUGUCUCAAAAAAAAUUUGGUAUGUUGAUGAGGCAUUUAGCUGAAUAUGUAAAAGUGAAUGGACCGUGAAGUUUCAUUAUAGAUUGUCUAAGGUUUUAAAACUUAUUUCUGUUCACAAAAAAAGGUACAUGCUUCAUUCUUAUUUCAGGUUGAACUUCUUGAUUUAAUGUUUAGAGUGAUUUCCGAACAUUUGUUCAUGGAAAAAUCACAUUAAAUGUUUGGUUUUCUUCGGAAAAUUGGAUUAAUUAGUUGGUGGCUAAACUAAUACUAGUUCAAUCCUUUUUGUCCACUCUUCAUUUAAUGCUGAUGAAUCAGAAGUAUUCGUUUCAUAAUAUUCUUCUUUUGUAAUAUAUUAUGCAGUCCUUGUUAACGUGUAAAUUUAAAAACCAGUGAAGUUAAUUCACAAAUAAUGUAUUGGAUUUUAUUACUUAAGAAUGAUAGUAAGGAGAAUAGGCUCUUAAAGUGUAAAUACCAAAAUGCUAAGAUUGUAGACAAGCUACACUAAGUGUCAAGUGAAUUUUCGUUUAUUUUAGGAUAUCUUAACCAAUGUUAUUUGUUGGUAUCAUUACCAAGUUUUGAUUU